AAAUAAAUUUCAAUCCAAAGUGAGAGGAAAAAGCAUCAAUGGUGGAAGCUUGCUUGUGAUAUAGCCAGCGACGACGAGUGAAGCAGUGCACAAUAAGUAGGAAACUUCGAGAGAGAGAGAGACGUGUUUGUUUAUUUGUGUGUUUGCGCUUUUUGGCUUUCUUCGCCGCUUCCACGAAGAAGCCGAACGGCGUGAAUCGACUUUUCUCCAGAUCUCAUCUUCUUCUUUCUUCUUCCUCCCUGUUUGAUUCUCCAAUCUGCAGGCGAAUCGAGAUUCAGAUCUCGUCUUCGCUUGCAUCCAAUCGAGAUCUGAUAGUGUCGGUGUCCAAUCUCGCAAUUUCAAUUGUGUUAACGUCGAAUCCAAUUUAGUCGGAAAAUGGAGAAAACGGAGAGCGAGAAGAAACAGUCGCCUGUCUCCGACGUCGGCGCAUGGGCUAUGAACGUAAUCAGCUCCGUCGGAAUCAUCAUGGCUAAUAAACAGCUCAUGUCUUCCUCUGGCUUCGGGUUUAGCUUUGCGACAACUCUGACGGGAUUCCACUUCGCGCUCACUGCGCUUGUUGGUAUGGUUUCAAACGCCACGGGACUAUCGGCAUCAAAGCAUAUUCCUCUCUGGGAGCUUCUAUGGUUCUCAAUUGUCGCUAACGUCUCCAUUGCUGCCAUGAACUUCAGUCUUAUGCUCAACUCUGUUGGCUUCUAUCAGAUCUCGAAACUGAGUAUGAUUCCUGUGGUAUGCGUGUUGGAAUGGAUUCUUCAUAGCAAGCAUUACUCUAAAGAAGUGAAGGCUUCUGUUAUGGUUGUGGUUGUUGGUGUUGGAAUUUGUACGGUGACUGAUGUCAAGGUUAAUGCCAAAGGUUUCAUUUGUGCAUGCACUGCCGUCUUCUCCACUUCUCUGCAGCAGAUUUCAAUAGGCUCUUUGCAGAAGAAAUACUCGGUGGGAUCUUUUGAAUUGCUGAGCAAAACAGCACCAAUCCAAGCAAUUUCACUCCUCAUCUUUGGCCCCUUUGUUGACUAUUUCUUGAGUGGCAGAUUCAUCACUACUUACAAGAUGACUUACGGUGCCAUCUUCUGCAUUCUUCUCUCGUGCGCAUUGGCCGUUUUCUGCAACAUAAGCCAAUAUCUCUGCAUAGGAAGAUUCUCUGCAACAUCGUUCCAAGUUCUAGGCCACAUGAAAACAGUCUGCGUGCUUACGCUAGGAUGGCUUCUCUUUGAUUCGGAGAUGACAUUCAAGAACAUCGCCGGGAUGGUCUUAGCUGUUGUCGGAAUGGUGAUAUAUAGCUGGGCGGUUGAUCUAGAGAAACAGAGAAACUCAAAGUCAACGCCUCACGGGAAAAAUAGUAUGACCGAAGAUGAGAUUAAGCUACUCAAGGAAGGAAUAGAGCAUAUGGAUUUGAAAGACGUUGAGCUCGGUGAGACUAAAGUAUAAAAUUGUGCUCACACAAAUCCGAUUUACACGUCGAAAACUGAUGUUCUUAAAAACAAAAAACAAAAAACUAUCUCUCAUUCUUCCAUUUUUUUCGUGUGCAAUAUUAUACAACUUGUAUUCUUUUCCAACAGUUAUACAGCAUUUUGGG